AUUCGGCAAAAACUUUAUAUGCCGGAACUUGCUCUGGAACGACGACUUCCUUUCGUAACGGCGCGCUGAAAUAUCCAGGAACUGCUUGCUGUUCAUUAUCUAUGCGAUAGAUCUGCAGAGAACCAAAGUAGAGGGAAAAUGACCGACAAGAAACGCACUCGACUUCAAGCUCUUCAUGAAGCCGUUCCGUCGACCUCUACUAAGGUCGCCAACCGACCAACGAAGAAGCCCAAGAAAUCCACAAAUUUUCAAGGCAGCAAACAACCUGAUCUUACUGAAUGGCCCAAUCAUUUCAAACUGCUAUUUAAGGUGUUUAAGGCACUCAACACCGUCCUCGCGUUUGUAUCAUCACGAAGAGAGCUUGCCACGUCUUUCCCUGUAAUCCGUCAGUCUGUGGAGAACAUUACCAAACAGCCUUUGGAGCUGGCCCAAGUGGCGGAACUCAAAGCCCUGUUGCCUGAAAUUAUCACUUUUUCUUACGUGCCUACUCUUCCUGAGGAUACAACUAUCCUUCCAGGCCCAUCUUCGCAGGGUGCCGCAGAGUCAGAAGGACAUGUCUUGCGUCUGGAAUUCGUGGACAAUUGGAACGGGGGGUCAAAAAAUAACCAAGGCCUUUUUAUCCCUUCUGCACGUUCCGCCACCCUGACUAAAAAGUUGAUAGACAAGCGCAAUAACAGAUUUAUUCAAGCCGUUGAAGAUCUUCUGCAGGCAGUCUCAGCUGAGGAAGAUGCUGUUGUUCUUCUUCAAACGGCUGCCAAAGCAUGCAUUCCGGUUAUGCCUGAACAGACUGCAGGGGAUGACGACCUUGAGCCAUAUUUUCCGGUGCCGGAACCAAAGGACCGCCCUUCAGUUCAAGAAGUCCUUACUGGCAUCAUGUCGCAGCAUUGGUAUAAGGACCAAAUUGUUACACAGAGGACUUUCCAAGCCAAGGAUGGCCACACAGAUCUGGAGCUGGAUGAGCCUUUAUCGUCCACAAUUCAACUCGCCUUGAAAGAUUCACGAAACAUCACCAGUCUCUACUCUCAUCAAGUAACGGCCAUCAAUGCUAUCGGUCACGGAAAAAAUGUCAUUGUGUCCACGAGUACCGCGUCAGGUAAAAGUGUUAUCUAUCAGGUCCCGCUAUUACGAUUUUUGGAAGAAGAUCCUGAGGCCACAGCCAUAUUCGUCUAUCCGACCAAGGCAUUAGCUCAGGAUCAAAGAGGAGCUUUGGAACAGCUGCUAUGCGCAUGCCCCGGUCUUCAGCACGUUAAAGUUUCAACAUACGAUGGAGAUACUCCUCAGGACAAGCGUAAAAGCAUCAGAGAGACCGCGUCUGUGAUAUUGACUAACUUCGACAUGAUCCAUGUGUCUAUCUUGCCCCAGGAAGAUUGCUGGCGAAGAUUCUUCAAAAAUAUUAAGCUUUUCGUUGUGGAUGAGCUACACUACUACAUGGGUCUAUUCGGCACUCAUGUCGCGUAUAUUAUGAGAAGAUUUCGCCGUAUAUGUGCAGCAGUAGGAAAUCGAAGAAUUCGCUUCGUUUCGUGUAGUGCCACAAUAUCAAACCCAGGAAGUCACAUGGAACGUAUAUUUGGCCUCGAUAAAAGUGAUGUUGAAGUUAUUACAGAGGAUGGUGCCCCGACGGGCGAAAAGAGCUUUGUGGUCUGGCAACCGUCAACCAUCGAUCCUGUUGCCCCCGGUUUUGGAAGAGACAGCUCUCUAUCGGAGGCCGUUAGACUUAUGAUCCAUUUGAUGAAACAUGGUAUCCGCGUAAUCUUGUUCUGCAAGUUCAGGAGGGCGUGCGAAAUGGUCAUGAAAGCUCUUCGUGUUAUGCUAGGAAUGAGUCGGCGCUCUGAUAUCUUGCACAGAGUGAAGUCUUACAGAGGUGGAUACUCACCAGAAGAUCGACGGGACAUAGAGCGUGAUGCAUUCAGCGGGCAACUCCUUGGAAUUGUGGCCACAAAUGCACUAGAACUCGGUGUGGACAUCGGUGCUCUUGACGCCGUAAUUAUGCUAGGCUUUCCGCUCAACAUAUCAAGUCUCAGGCAACAAACUGGAAGAGCAGGUCGAAGGUCCCGCGACUCUCUGGCGAUCCUUGUGGCCGAAGGCCUGCCCAUAGAUCAGUACUAUGUCAACCACCCGGAAGAUCUAUUCGAUAAGAGUCCCGACGACUUGGUCAUCGACUUGGAUAGCAAGUUGACCUUAGAAGCCCACUUGCAAUGUGCUGCAAAUGAAAUGCCGGUAUCGUUGAAAGACCAGGUCUAUUUUGGUCCUCUAAUGGUCGAGGUUUGCAAGACACGACUCAUUGCUGACGACGAGGGAUGGUACCACACCCACCACAAAUUCCGCCCUUAUCCAUCUAAGCAUAUCGCGCUUCGUGGAGUUCAAGAGGACAAGUACCUAAUCAUUGAUGUUACGCAAGAAAGACACAUUAUCCUCGAAGAGAUGGAAAUGUCUCGUGUCCUCUUUGAAAUCUAUGAUGGUGGUGUCGUGUGUUCUAUCUUCUACUUCUGUAAUCACUAUUUGACACUGUCUUCCAAGUUUAUACACCAGGGAACAACUUAUAUUGUCAAGGAACUCCGCCACAGUGCAAAAACUGCUACAUUAAUUCAAAAAGAUGUCGACUACAUAACGUCACCUAGAGAUUAUACUGACGUGAACGCGGCGCAGACGCUUCGCAUUCGCGAGAUCAAAGGUUCUUCGGAACUUGCAUAUUACGGAAACGUCGAGGUCAGGACCUUGGUCUUUGGAUAUUUUGUGCUCAAGUUCUCUCCUGCUCAUCUCUGUUGUUCCUACGAGGGGCUAAAAUAUUUUCAUAGGGACCGCAAGAUAAAAGACGUCGUUGAUCUGGACAAUGAUCCUUGGGAGCAAGAGACAGUAGGAAUGUGGCUCGAUGUACCAAAACAGAUUCCGGGCUGGUUGAACAACAAAGGGAUAAAACCUGCGGCAGCUAUUCACGCAGCCGAGCACGCAUUUCUCAAUAAGUUUGCGUUAGCUCAAGAUGUCAGAACCGAAUGCAAAGCCGAGGAGAAGGAGAUCAAGAUCCAGAAGGAAUCACAACGCAAGCGACCUGCUCGGCUCAUAUUCUGUGAUCAUGUCGGACAAGGAAUGGGCAGUGGUGUGACGGCAAAGGCAUUCGACAACGUUUAUGACAUACUGCAUAAAGCAUAUGAGGCAGUUGUCAAUUGCGACUGCGAAGAUCUCAAGGGCUGUAACAAAUGUGUACAAAGCCCCUCGUGCACAGAAGGCAACAAAGUCUGUUCGAAGUCCGGUGCCCUGGUCAUCCUGAAAGCUUUGCUCGGCUAUGAGGUCGACCCUGCCAGUAUUCCAGACGAACACGACACGUUUGAGGGAGGAACAGACACCAUAGUUUCUGCAUCUCACGUUCGUAAAUUGGGAGACAUCGAGAUAGAAAGAGACCUAAAAUAAUCCUGUAUAAAUAAAUUAACGAACAUGAUGAUACUGAUACGACU